CGUCUGUUUCGGAGUCAUUAUCACGCCCGUUAGAUUGCGCACUAGAAUUGCUGUUAACCACUAUCACUAAGGUAGAUGCCUUAGGGCAGCAGUAGCACCAGGCAGCAAGUGGUAGUUACAUGCAUCUACAUGUACACGGCACUGGGAGUGGCAACGAGAAAACAAGCAAUGAGAUGAUGCUUCACACCGGCAUCCCCCCUGCUGACGAUCCCCUGCCCAGGAGGAGUAACCUCCCCGUCGCCUCACCCUCAAUGCCGGGUUCCAGAUGCAGUUCUCACGCUACUUGUACAUGCUGGAACAUACAAGGACGGACACACAAAAUAUACCGAGGAGACUCCACUCUUCUUGCGCUCAAACUCACGGGCCUUUCCCGCCCCCGGGUGACCCUCGCCUGUGAUCCUUCGGUGCAUCGGGCGUGUGAAUUCUGGAUUCCAAAACAGCAUCAACAGACUAGUACUGCUACGUCACCGUUGUUACCUGUACGCCCUCCCUCCAAGGCCUCAAACUCGCAUCCUCCGUAUCGGUCCAUGAGUCUAUCCAUCCAUCCAUCCCAUCCCAUCCCAUCCCUUCACUCUAGCAUCGGCUCCGUUCUCCGUCCACACACGAUGCCGCGCACGCUGAUUCCGUGCCACUACCAGCCCGGACCCCUGGAAUCCUCGCAGUGGAGCCUGAAAAGGGCGUACCGCAGAUCCCUUGGCGUGAAUGCUCUAAACUGGUCCCCUGUCCGUACAGGUAAGCAGGCGGAUGGCCCGUUUAGCUCCUGAAUCACGGCUGUCGCUGCUCGAUGACCGACGGGUGCUGGGGCUAGAGCCGGGGCUAUUCUGGCAUUUGGGUCGUUCUGGUUCUUGGGGCUCUGCUUGGGUCGGUUUCACGGCUCAUGCUUUGGUUUUGCCUCGCUGUUUGACUUAUAAGCCUUGGCUGAUUCCCACUAUCCACUGCGUCUCUUCUGUAAUCGAUUCUAACCAAGGACUAUCUACCUUAUCACGCCGUGUAUUAUUUCUCCUCUGGCUAUU